ACUUGCCCCCACCCUCCGGUUCUUUCCUGGGAAGGGGGUGGAGGGCACAACGUCCGUGAGAAAAUAAACCGCACAAAACCCCAAACUGGCCGUUCCUGCUCGGCUCGACCCUUUGCGAACAUCCGCCAGCUGCUUGCCCCGCUUCUUCCCGUCUUUUCUUUUUUCUGGAAGUGACAAGGGCCCGUCUGCGCUCGUACCCACGUUCGCCCUCCCGGCCCGCGGGCGAAGAGGGGAGAAGGGAGCUGCCCGCGCCGUCCCCGGGUUCGGACCCUCCGUUGGGAGGGGGGAUGGCAAGGGUGCGUGGAGGCGGCAGGGCCGCGGACGGGGAGAAGAGCUGAAGACGCCACAGACUUUGGCGGCGCCGCGGCGGGAAGCACUUGAGCGGGCCCGAGCGAAACAUAAACAAACGCACGCUCGCCCCGCUUCUGGCCCGGACCGCGGCUCCGCUGCGCCAGCUCUGGCCGCAACCCGCUUUAAAGGCGCGGCCCGCGCCCCUCCCCCGCCCCUCCCCCUUCGUCCCCGCCCAGCCACCUAGCCCAGGAGAGACCUGCAGAUCUGGCGGCAGCAGCGGCUGCGUCGGCGGGGGGAGGGGGCUGCCCCGUGCGAGCCCGUCGAUUCGCCCGUCUCUACCCGGCGGCCUGGCCAGGGGGCGGCGUCUGCUGCGCCAGGUUCGCGGGACGCACGUCUCCAGGUCUGCCUGCUCCUGGGAGGCGGGCGCGGUGCGGUCGGGAAGCGGCGGCGGCGGCGGCGGCGGGUGAGCACUAGCCGAGCGCUGGGCUCUACCCCGGGGUAACCAACUCCUUUUUUCUCUCCGUUCGUGCCUCCCAGGCGGCGGCAGUAGCGGCAGCGGCGCCCGGCACCCCGAGCCUUCGCGGCGUCCCCGUCCCUCCCCCGCCGCACCCCGCCCGGGCGGAGAGGAGAGCGCCAGAGCCCGAGCCGCGGGCGGGCGGCGAAGAUGGCAGAGGCGCGGGCCUCCCCGGCCCCGCUCUCUCCACUCGAAGUGGAGCUGGACCCGGAGUUCGAACCCCAGAGCCGGCCGCGCUCCUGUACGUGGCCCCUGCAGAGGCCCGAGCUCCAGGGGAGCCCGGCCAAGCCCUCGGGGGAGGCGGCCGCUGACUCCAUGAUCCCCGAGGAGGAGGACGAUGAAGACGACGAGGACGGCGGCGGUAGGGCCAGCUCGGCCAUGGCGAUCGGCGGCGGCGGGAGCGGCACGCUGAGCGCCGGGCUGCUCCUUGAGGACUCGGCUCGGCUGCUGGCUCCAGGAGGGCAGGACCCCGGUUCCGGGCCAGCCCCCGCGGCGGGCGCGCUGAGCGGGGCGACGCAGACGCCGCUGCAGCCUCAGCAGCCACUGCCACCGCCGCAGCCGGGGGCGGCUGGGGGCUCUGGGCAGCCGAGGAAAUGCUCGUCGCGGCGGAACGCCUGGGGGAACCUGUCUUACGCUGACCUGAUCACUCGCGCCAUCGAGAGCUCCCCGGACAAACGGCUUACUCUGUCCCAGAUCUACGAAUGGAUGGUGCGCUGCGUGCCCUACUUCAAGGAUAAGGGCGACAGCAACAGCUCUGCGGGCUGGAAGAAUUCUAUCCGGCACAACCUUUCUCUGCACAGCCGCUUUAUGCGGGUCCAGAAUGAGGGGACCGGCAAGAGCUCUUGGUGGAUCAUCAACCCCGACGGCGGGAAGAGCGGGAAGGCGCCGCGUCGGCGGGCCGUGUCCAUGGACAACAGCAACAAGUACACCAAGAGCCGCAGCCGCGCGGCCAAGAAGAAGGCAGCCCUGCAGGCGGCGCCCGAGGCCGCCGACGACAGCCCCUCCCAGCUCUCCAAGUGGCCCGGCAGCCCCACGUCGCGCAGCAGCGACGAGCUGGACGCGUGGACGGACUUCCGCUCGCGCACCAAUUCCAAUGCCAGCACGGUCAGCGGCCGCCUGUCCCCCAUCCUGGCCAGCACGGAGCUGGACGACGUCCAGGACGACGACGCCCCGCUGUCGCCCAUGCUGUACAGCAGCGCCUCCAGCCUUUCCCCCUCCGUGAGCAAGCCGUGCACCGUGGAGCUGCCGCGGCUCACCGACAUGGCGGGCACCAUGAAUCUGAACGACGGGCUGGCGGACAACCUCAUGGACGACCUGCUCGAUAACAUCGCGCUGCCGUCGUCCCAGCCGUCGCCCACGGGGGGGCUCAUGCCGCGGAGCUCCAGCUUCCCGUACACCCCCAAGGGCUCCGGCCUGGGCUCUCCCACCAGCUCCUUCACCAGCACGGUGUUUGGACCCUCGUCGCUCACCUCCCUGCGCCAGUCUCCCAUGCAGACCAUCCAGGAGAACAAGCCCGCCACCUUCUCUUCCAUGUCUCACUACGGCACCCAGACACUCCAAGACCUGCUCACAUCGGACUCCCUCAGCCACAGCGACGUCAUGAUGACCCAGUCGGACCCCUUGAUGUCCCAGGCCAGCACUGCCGUGUCGGCGCAGAGCUCCCGCCGGAACGUGAUGCUUCGCAGCGACCCCAUGAUGUCCUUCGCCGCCCAGCCCAACCAGGGCAGUUUGGUCAAUCAGAACUUGCUCCACCACCAGCACCAAAGCCAGGGCGCUCUCGGUGGCAGCCGUGCCUUGUCGAAUUCUGUCAGCAGCAUGGGCUUGAGCGACGCCAGCAGCCUUGGGGCCGCCAAACACCAGCAGCAGUCUCCCGGCAGCCAGUCUAUGCAAACGCUCUCGGACACGCUCUCAGGCUCCUCCCUGUACUCCACUAGUGCGAACCUUUCCGUCAUGGGCCACGACAAGUUCCCCAGCGACUUGGACCUGGACAUAUUCAAUGGCAGCUUGGAAUGUGACAUGGAGUCCAUUAUCCGGAGUGAACUCAUGGAUGCGGAUGGGUUGGAUUUUAACUUUGAUUCCCUCAUCUCCACACAGAACGUUGUUGGUUUGAACGUGGGGAACUUCACUGGUGCUAAGCAGGCCUCAUCUCAGAGCUGGGUGCCAGGCUGAAGGAUCACUGAGGAAAGGGGAAGUGGGCAAAGCAGACCCGCAAACUGACACAAGACCUACAGAGGACACCCUUUGCCAAAUCUGCUCUCCGCAAGUGGACAGUGAUACCGUUUACAGCUAACACCUUUGUGACUCCCACGCCAUUUUCCUGACCCAGCAGAGACUGUUAAUGGCCCCUGACCCUGAUGAAGCACUUACCCUUGGAACAGAACUCUCUAGAUACAAAGUAUGCAAAUCUUCCUUGUACGGGGUGCCGCCGCCCGCCAGCGAAGGACAACGCCCUGUCAGCACCGCCACCCUUGUUCAGAGCACAGCGUGUGAGCCCCUGUUGGCGAUUCUUUGGUGUUUUAAUAUCGCGAUGGUUUAUGGGAUGUGUUAGGUGUUCUGUGUUCGUUUUCCUUCGACUUUCUGAAUUUUUCACAUGCAUUAACCUGCAGUAUUUUUCUGUUAAAAUGUUAAUCAUUCUUUCCCUGGCAAUUGAAAAACAGAAGGAACUGUACCAGUUACCACUCUGGCUUUGGGCAUCGCAAGCAUUUGCGCCCGUGGAACUCCAUAAACUAACAAAUUCUGUAAACUAGAGGGGGAUUUUCUUCUUUUGUUUGGUAGAAAACUAUCCUUUUCUAAAAACUGAACAAUGGCACAACUGUUCACUGUACACACCAGUCCAGGACUGAACCCUGCCUAGGCCAAGCGUGUGUUUCGUGCUGAGUCACGGUGAUAGGGGGACGAGACCCCCACACCUGGCCUGAAGGGGCCAGGUCAGGGGGCCUGGGUCUCCCCUCAGUGUCCUCAGCUCACGCAAUGAACAGUGAUGCUAUGGUGGUUAGAAAUGAGGAUCUUUUCAGAAAGAAAUCAGCUCAGCUGUCCACUAAUUGCCAAAUGCCACUAAAGGAUUUAGUUUUAAGGAGAAAAGAAA